CUUUAUUUGCAAACAAAGGCUGAGGCAAACAAUGAACGUCACCGAAAGCCCGCCGAGCUCCGGUGUACAGCAUUCUUUAUAGUAAUUUCUUAUCUCAGUUACAUUUCGGUUUCAUCAGCAUACCCAAUCACUUUUUAGUUGCAUAUCAUCUGUACAUUAACUAAUCAAUCGCUCUUGCCUAGCUCUCGGUGCGCCACCAGUAUUUCUUUCCAGAUCACAUCUUGGGCCUCAUUCCUGGCCACGGUGGUUUCUCAGUCAGCCUCCCUUAACCUCCCUCACAUUACAGUUCCUGUUCAUACCAUCCUGUCUGCCACCGUUAUCUCUUCAUAAGCCAUUCUACUGUAUAAUAUAUGGGGUAGAUUUCAGGUAAUUAGUGCUGCUAAGGAUAAACAGAUGUUCUUUAACUGCCAUAGUAUGUAGCUAAGAGAAUACAUGGUAUCUAGUAAAACAAUACAUAGUAAUAUUCGGUACAUAGGAGUGAUUACAUAGUAUAGUAAAUAGCUAGUACAUAGUGAUUAUAUUUCAGGUAUAUUUAGUGAUUAUGUCAGGUACAUUUCUCAAUAGCAGCACCUACAGAGGGACACAGACUGCCGACGUUUCCGGCUGAGACCCUUCAACAGCUGGAAACUCGCCCUCUUCGCCCACUACCCCCAACCCAGUCACAUCACCCACCGGCGUCUUCUAAACUUCACCCCGGAGCUGAUCUUCCUUGGGGGGUGGCGGACCGGACCCCAGAGCCGCUCUCCGACCUGCCCGGCGGAACCUCUCUCUACGUGGGCCGGGGGACGAAAUGUGCCGGACCGGAAGCUGGCACGCUAAUGGCGGCGCUCCGGAGGUCUGGCCGGGCCUGGGCCGCAGCUUCGGCCCUUCCUCGCUUCGCAUCGAAGGCCAAGCGUUGGGUCAGCGGGGACGACGGCCGGCGGGUCCGGAUCGCGCCGCCCUGGAGAAUUCUCUUCUUCGGAACCGACGCGUUUGCGCAACGGACCCUACAGGAAGUGCACAGGCGCAGCUCCUUGCGUGAUGGGAACCUGCUGAUAGAAUGGCUGGAAGUGGUUACUUUGCCGGACACUAAAUAUGGCGAGCUGCCAGUGCGAAGAUACGCCAGGCUUAAUAAAAUAACGCUUCACGACUGGCCGUGCCUCACGGAGUGCCAUCGCUUUGAUGUUGGAAUUGUCGUUUCGUUCGGAGUGCUGCUUAGUGACGCCCUUAUAGAGCAGUUCCCCUAUGGGAUACUGAAUCUUCAUCCAAGUCUCCUUCCGCGGUGGAGAGGCCCUGCUCCGAUUUUCCACACCCUGAUCCAUGGUGACCAGGUGACUGGCGUAACCAUCAUGCAGAUUCGACCCAAGAGGUUUGACAUCGGUCCUAUUCUGACACAGCAGGAGACUCCUGUUCCUCCGAGAUGUACGGCUGACGAACUGGGAGUGAUACUGGCAGAAAAAGGUGCUGAAAUGCUGCUGUCUGUGUUGAGGAGUCUGCCGCAAUACAUUGAGAAUAAACGGGAGCAGAGCAAGGAGGGCGUCACAUUUGCUCCUAAAAUCACUGUGGCCGACAGCUGGGUGAAUUGGGAGGAACAAACGGUGGAAGGAAUUGAUCGGUUAAACCGGGCAAUCGGGUCCAGGCUGCCACUGCGCACACUGUGGAUGGGCAGGACCGUAAAGCUGAUGGACCUGGUGGAUGUAGAAAAGAUCCCGCACCUGCCAGAUGCCACACAGGAUCAGUUAAUCCCUGGGACAGCUCACUUCCACAAAGAAUUAAAUGUGCUCCUCGUACGCUGCAAGAAUGGCUGGACUGGUUUCAGGCAGGUGCUGUUGAAGAAGCAACUCACUGCUGCAGAUUUUUACAAUGGAUACCUCCAUCCAUACUUCCGAGGAUCUGCAGGUCAUCAAAGUGUGGCCAGGUUUCAGACACACAAACCAAGAACAAAGAUCAAAAAGAUGGCAAAAUGAACUGGAACGUGGCUUGAUGAUAAAGAUCAUCUGCAGUUUCUUUGACCAGAGAAAUCCCACACAGCGUGGACCAGUUUGAAAACCUACUGUGGACCCUUCUGAACUUUGUCAUUUUCCAGGUUGUUCAACAUAACCCCGUGGAAUCUAGCCGCCUGUGCCCAGUGUGAGGAGAACAGGCUGAUCACCAUGACUGAUUACACCCCUGACAAUACAGAGCUGACCCCGUCUGAGGAGCCGACCCAGGCAGUGAAGAAUAUUUAUACACUGCAAGUUCAGCCAGUGAUGUGAAACCAGAAUAAUAAUU